AUGGAUGAUCACGAAGAUGAAGAGCAUAAAAAUGAGCAACAAAUGCAUGAUAUCAUUGUAUAUUUUGCAUUGUUCACUGGAAUUGUUCUAAUUUGGAUAAGAUAUAGUUGGGGAGCAUUUUAUGGAUGUAUUCCCAAAAUUCCAGUUCGUCAAAAAUGGCCACCGUUUCUGUUUGCUUUUUUGAUGUGCAUUAUUAUUGGUUUAUUUAUUUCAUGUUUAGUUUUGGAGAUUUCGAUGCAAAAUAAACGAGAUAAAAUUGCAAAUACGGAAGAAAGUCCAGUCACCAAAACGUUGAACCGUGAGUUUGGUUCUGUUAGUCCAUAAAAAACGAUGAGGUACAAUUUUCAGAUGUCUCCAAUCAAGUUAAUGCUUCACUUCAAGCAUUAUAUGCAGUCAGAACACUUCAAGAGUCCGAGUUUCGUUUUCCAAAUGCUACUGAUAUUGUGUCAAAAUUAUCUGCUAGAACGAAAUUUAAUGAUAUUGCAAAGGUUCGUUGAGAUAUUGAUGUUAUCUAUUCAAAUAUUUAUAUUAUUUUUUUAGUUGAAUCUAAUUGGAAUCGAUAUGACCAAAUUAGGCGAUGCUCUUAACGAAGUCAAAAAAAAUUGCCCAAAUGAAGAAAAAACUGUGGAUUCCAUCAAAAAAGAUGCUGAACGUUUCAAUGUUUAUCUCUAUGAAAUUAAUGGUUUCAAAGAGCUUGUUUCUAAUAUAUCAAAAGGUGGUAAAUUUGAAGGAAUCGAUUCUUAUGCACCUGAAAAGGAGUUUAAUGAUGACAUAACAUCAAUUCAUGAACAUCUGAUGAGAGUUGAAAGAUUUUUCGAGAAUUUCUUGAAAUCUUUGGAUGAAUCAAAGUCAUUUUUGAAGGAGAUAUACGAUAGAAAAACUGCUUAUCAACGAGAUAAAUUGUGGAAAGGAAUUAUCAAAAUCUAUAUUCCUCUUGCAUUUAUUCUACCAACUGUAUGUUUUUCAAUAUUUAUCCAUCUUUAUUAUCGAAAUUCACCAGUUGACAACAAAAUUCUAUCUUUUCUCGUAUCUGCUUCAUUCUUUUUGGUCGCAUUUUUUGUUAUUUAUCUUGCAAUUGUUCAUAUUUAUUUUGAACAUGCAGAAGAAACAAUUUGCUCGAAAUCUGAAUAUAAAUUGUUUGAACAAGUGAUGUUGCCGCAUUUUGGUUCAAGAAUGGAAGACAAAUUGAAUGACGAGUUUGUGAAAUGUGCGAAAAAGAAUGAAAAGUUUGAUGUGAAAGUUAUGUUGAUAACAAGUGGAAGAUUUUUGAGAGGUUAUGGAGAUGGGAUAUUGAAAAUUGUUCGAAAAGUUGUUUUGAAUAGAGUUGCAGCUUUGCCCAACGAUAAUUUUGUAACAAAUGCCACGGAAAGAAUCAAUAAAUUCAAAACAACUGGUCUAAACUGUUCGAAAAACUAUGCUCCGUUUCACACACACUUGGAAUCUUUGUCCAAAUUUUUCAACAAGGCCCAUGAAUUUCGAGAAAAAAUGGAGUUCGGAACACUGAAAGAGAUGUCAGUUUCGGCGAUUGAAGGCAGUUUGAAAUCAAUUGUUGAACAAUCUGAAAAAUGGGUUAAACAGAUAAAUGUAAGAAAUAUUUUAGUCUACUGGCUGGAAACAGCAGAAUGACUAUUUCCAGUCGGUAACAACAUUUUUAAAAAAUAAAAUAUUUCAGGAUGCACUCUUUCAUAUUGAUUUCAAUUGCGAUGAUGUCUAUAGUUUGGUCAAACCAUGCGACAAAGAUACGGUAGAUGGAUUGGAAAUCGAUUUGGAUUCGAUAAUGACUGCCUGCUCCGUCUGUUUUAUCAUUUUGCACAUGUUGGCGUUUAGGAGAAAUGGUGAGUUUUAAAAAUUAUUCUUCUAACCUGAAAGCUGGUUUGAAACGGGGAAUCACGUGGCAAAGUUGUCAUCAUUUCUCAAAAAAUAAAAAUUCGUGAUUCUAAACGAUUCUUGUCGAGAAAAUUUUUUUAAACAUUUUUCUAAACACAUUUUCCCAAUUAUAAAAUGAAAUCUUGCUACCAGAAGUCUCCCUUUAAAUUGCCAAUUUCGUUCAGAUCUCUCUCAAUUUUCAAAUGAUAAUCGUCAACGUUGGAUUCGGAAAAUGAAUAAAAAUCCAAUUUCAAUGAUUGAAAUUUAUAAUGAAAAAUUGAAGGAUUAUAUUUCACCAAAAGCAAGUUUUGAUUAUUUCGAAGCAAAUAAACAAAAUAAUCGAUAUCCAAAUAUCCCGUGCAAUGAUGAACAUCGGGUUGUUUUGAAUGGUUGGAAUCAUUAUAUUCACGCAAAUUGGAUUCGUAUUCCAAAACAUCUCAUCGAUCCACUAACACAUCGUGCAAUGCCUGGAAAAGUACGACAAUAUAUUGUGACACAGGCGCCGAUUGAUGAUACUUGUGCUGAUUUUUGGUCGAUGUGUUGGCAGGAAAAUGUUGGAAUUGUAUUGAUGUUGUGUGGAUUUGUUGAAAAUGGACACGAAAAAUGUGCAGAAUAUUUGCCGGGAAAAAUUGGCGAGACAUUGGAGUUCAAAAAGGAUCGAAGAUUAUCGGUGAAAUGUGUUGAUGUUAGAAAUCACUCGUUGAAGGUGGGAUUGGGAGUAGCUUCCGCGAAAUGAAACUGUAUAAUUCUAAAAUUUCAGGGGGUUGAACAUCGUAUUCUUGAAGUUCGCGUUGAAGAUGAACUUUAUGGUUCGGCAAAAACUGUAAAUCAUUUGAUUGUAAAUUGGUGGCCAGAUAAAGGUGUUCCCGAUGAUGUUCAUCAAUUAAUUGAUUUAUAUAAUUGGGUCAAAAAGAAGUCGACAAAAUUGAAGAAAAAGGCAGCAAAAGAGCAAUUAUCAUCUGCAAUUUGUGUUCAUUCGAGUUCUGGAAUCGGAAGAGCUGCCACUUUUGUCGCAUUUGAUUAUUGCUAUGCACGAAUUUUUGAAGAUGCUUGUUUUGAUACGGCGGAACUUGUGAGAGAAAUGAGAGCAUAUAGAUUUGGAGCUGUUGAAAAUGCAGAACAAUAUAUUUAUUUGAAUGUCGCGCUUCUUGAAUACAUGUCUAUUGAAGGAAUUUGUGAUACCGAACUUGGUCUUAAACUAAUUGAUGAUUAUGAAAAUUUUUUGAGAGGUGGAGGAUCAGCCACAACCGCAGCAACUACAAAUACAACUGCAACUUAUUGA